AAGGUUCCAGAACCUUCUCCGUGCAGAGCUUUCGGCCAAGGGCCCAACGCUCGCCGUCUUUGUGGUGUCGCUACUGAGUGUACUGCUGCCCACGCUGACCCGGACAGGUGAUUCCUCAUCUGUCACAGGAGUUAUGUUCCAGAGACUCCCGCAACAGAAGAGAAAAAUGAAGACAGGACGUCUUGAAGUGGUCAUCAUGCUCCUGGCAGCCAUGAUUCUAAUGGAUAUCUUCCAGAUGAAGGCUGAAAUAUUAGACAUGGCAGAUAAUGUAUUUGAUGAUGAAUACCUGAGAUGUACUGACAGGAUGGAAAUGAAAUAUGUUCCCCAACUGCUCAAGCAGGAGAAGGCAAGUCAUCUGCUCUUGGAGACUGUGUGGGAAAAUGCAAAAGCCAAAUGGGAAGCCCGGAAGACUCAGCUGUUGCUUCCUACAAAUUUUAAGGAUAACCAUGGAAUAGCCCUAGUGGCAUAUAUUUCUGAAGCUCAGGAGCAAACUCUGUUUUACCAUCUGUUCAAUGAAGCUGUGAAAUUGGCUGGCCAGUCACGGAAAGAUUAUAUCUAUGGCUUCCAGUUCAAAGCUUUUCAUUUUUACCUCACAAGAGCUCUGCAGCUGCUUAGAAGACCUUGUGCAGACAGUUACAAAAAGGUGGUAUAUAGAACAAUCCAGGACAUUACAUUUGGAGGGCAAAACCAAGCCAGGCUUGGCAAUUUCACAUUGGCAUAUGCCAGACCUGAAGUAGUUAAUGACCAACACACUAUAUUAACUAUCCACACGUGCUUUGGAGUUGCUGUUGGAGAAUUUCUUGGUGAAGAAAGUGAAAGAAUUAUUUUAAUACCCCUGAGUGAAGUUUUUCAAGUGUCACAGGAAGAGGCUGACAAUGACCUUACCCUUCACAGUACAAACAAGACUUGCAGCCAUUAUGAGUGUGCGUUUCUAGGGGGACUGAAGAGUGAAAAUUGUGCUGAGAACCUAGAAUAUGUUCAGGUCAUCUCUGUCUACCAUCCUGGUGAGGAGAACCAGAAGCUUGAAGACCCUGGUGUGAACAUCCAUGAACCCCCUGAAGUACCUGAAAUGAAAAUUCCAGAACCUUUUCCACUACCUGGACCCGCUACCUUGUAACUGUGCACAUAGUGCUGUGCCUUGUCCGGUGCGACUGUCUAUGGAAACUGCACGUUGUGUGAAGAAACAGCACUUCAGUUACACAAAGCAUAGGCACAAACUCACAGGGUCCCGCAUCUCUUUCAUAUGGACUCAGUCUACCAGUGACGGAUUUAUUUGGCUACAGCUUUCAAGUGAGCUAGUGAUACCGAUGACACACCUUGUCUGCCUGCACCUCUUCUCUCGAGACCUCGGUUUGCAGUUCUCCGAUGGAAGUUUUAGUAGUCACACUGCGGUUUUCCGAAACGCAGCCAUGGAGCAGAGUUUGGGGAAUGAACUUGAGAUACGGAGAGAGACCUGGCUUCAGGAAGUCUCUACACUUCUUCUAUAUAACUUUGCAUGUUACUUUACUUUUCUGUACCUCUAGUUUUAUGUGUAUAAAAAGGACACUUCUGUCUUUUAGGGCUAAUUAAGGACCUGAUGUAAUAAAAUACCUGAGUAGUAGUAAAGUA